AUGCUGUCGCUCUUUGGCGGUAGUCACGGACACCUGUCCCGUCGAUCUUUGCAUCGUGCACUCCGCCGUGGUCUAUCAAAAUGUCCAGGUGAAUAUAGGACAAUAUGUCAAGCCCGGGGACGAUCUAAUUUUCCACUCGCCUCAAGCGAUAUACCCAAUGCUCACCUCAGAUAUGAGACGAUAUGUCGCAAUAAGCAGGAUCAUCUCAACUUUCCCCAUCGAUUCAUUCUAUUUCCUCGUCACCUUCACACCUCCAAGCCACUUGAUGCAACCCCAACACCUACCCCGCGUCCCACUCGAACGAAGACACAACGCCGGAUACGUCGCUUGAGGAACCUUCUAUUCACCUUGGUCUUGCUCACCAUCCUCUACCACACCUAUUCACCUUUCCGACAUACGAUAUUGGCCGGAAUACGAUGUGCUAGAUUGAUGAGAGCGGUAAUGAUGGAUGUAUUAGAUUACAAGAAAGUCUUCGCUGCAGAAGAAAAACUUGGUUCACCAGGAAGAGAUUUGACGGAUGAGGAAAAACAAUUUAGGAGACAAGCGAGAAAAGAUUGUCAUACUAGAAGUGCAACUAGAUUAUUAGAAGCGUUGAAGAAAAAUUCAGGUAUUUACGUUAAAUUAGGACAACAUGUUGCUGCUGUACAGGUUUUACCUAAGGAAUGGACUUCGACAAUGACACCUUUACAAGAUCAAUGUUUCCCCACACCAUUAGAAGAUAUUGAUAGAAUGUUGAAGACGGAUUUAGGAUUAGGUAUCAAUGAUUUAUUCGAUGAAUUCGACCCUAUACCGAUCGGCGUAGCUUCUUUAGCUCAAGUACAUUGUGCAAUCGAUAAGAAAACAGGAAGAAGAGUGGCAGUAAAAGUACAACAUUCGGAUUUACAAGAAUUCGCAAAAGUUGAUAUGAUAACAGUUAAUUUCGCUAUCAAUUUCGUCAAAUACAUUUUCCCAGAUUUCGAAUUUAGUUGGUUGGGCGAAGAAAUGAAUCAUAUGUUACCCAUGGAAAUGGAUUUCCGACAAGAAUCCCAAAAUUCAAAAAGAUGUAAAAACGAAUUUAGACAUUUAAAAGGUAAAACAAGUUUAUAUCUACCAGAAGUUUUAUGGGCAGAAAGAAGAUGUAUGGUAAUGGAAUAUAUCAAAGGAUCAAGAAUUGAUGAUUUGAUCUAUUUGAAAAAUCAUGGAAUAGAUAGAAAUCAAGUUUCACAAGAAUUAUCUAGAAUCUUUAGUCAAAUGGUUUAUCUUAAUGGAAAUUUCCAUGCGGAUCCUCAUCAUGGUAAUUUAUUGAUUAGACCGAAAUCAAUCGAUUCAAGUUCACCUUUCAACUUUGAUAUUUGUUUGUUGGAUCAUGGUCAAUAUUUCGACAUACCAGAUGACCUCAGAGUGAACUACGCUCAUUUCUGGUUAUCGUUAAUCAAAAAGAGCUCAAAAGCUACAACGGAAGAAAGGAGAUAUUAUGCUAAACUUGUUGGAAACAUCGAUGAGGAUAUGUAUCCUUUCCUCGAAUCCGCGAUUACCGGUCAAAUCAACAUGUCCGACGAAUCAAAUGACCCGACCUACGGAUCAGGUGUAAGACCCACAUCACUGCUGGAGUCAGGAUCAAUGAAUGAUGAUCAAGUUGGAACUUUGAGAGCAGCAAUGAUGGAACGAGAUGACCUAAUCGUUUCUAUCUUCGAGCUGUUGCGGACUGUACCCAAACGAUUAUUAAUGAUUUUAAAGUUAUCGGAUCUGCAGAGAUCUUUAGAUCAAAGUCUAGCUACUACUGGUGGUCAAAGUAGGAUUUUUGUUAUUGUAGCUAGGUAUUGUUCGGAAGCAAUUUGGCAAUCUGAUCUAACGAGUAUCCGAGAAUCGUUAUCGACGACAGGAAUAUCAUUUGGUUUAUUCCGGAAAUUCAUACAUUCAGCGUGGGAUUAUACCUACUGGAAUACCACCUUGGGAAUAGUAGAAUGGGGAAUGGAUGUGAGAGCUAAAUGGAUUAAAUUGACGCUAUGGGUACAUGGUUUGGGUAAAGGUGGUUUGAAAGAAGCUGAAGAUGAAGCUGCUGGGUUAAGAACGAAAAGGGAAAUAAGUAAAAAUGCUUUGGGCCUAUCAUAA